AUGGAUCCUUGGGGUGGGGGCAGGAAAAUCUGCACAGGAGAUCCGGCUUCAUCUGUCCAUCCUAGCGUCGUCACCCGGGUCGCCAGCCUGCCGUUGGUCACCUCGACCUACGACCUCUUGUCUUCUGUGUACGCCUACGCCAAGGAGAACUACCCGUGCAUCAACACCGCCUGCAACGUGGCAGAGAUGGUGGCCUCGAUGGCUGUGGGAAGCGCCAAGGGCGGCGUCCAGCCCCUCGUCGGUCACCUCGAGCCCCAGAUUGCAGCCAUGAAUGAAUACGCUUGUAAGGGUCUGGAUACUCUGGAAGAAAGGGUGCCUUGCCUUCACCAGCCAGCUCAUCAGGUAACUAACUACAUCCUCGUUCUUAAUUGUGUCAUUGAAGAAGGCGUCACGCUGGCCAAGUCGGUGGUCGGUUCAACCGUCCACACUGCCAUGGAUGCCGCCAACGGAGCCAAGCACCUCUUCACCCACCGGGUGACCGCCGCCGUCGACCUCACCAAGGACAUCGUCCAGGAUAGCGUCGCGUUGACCAAGAUGGUGGUGAACUCCACCGUCAACACCGCCCUGAGCGCGGCCAACGAGGCCAAGACCCUCGUGUCUCACCGGGUGACCGACGUGGUCAACUUGAGCAAAGAGACCGCUCAGGAGAGCGUUGACUUGACCAAGGCGGUGGUGUCCUCCACCGUCAACACCGCCCUCCAAGCGGCCGCCGGGACGAAGGACCUCUUGGUGACGGGCCAAGUGAAGAACUGUGGGUCCGUCCAGGAAGGCAUAGAGAUGGGCAGUUUUAUACAGCAGUUGGUUGCCACCGGAGUGGAUGCUGUGCUGGAGAAGACCGAGGAGAUGAUCGAUUACUACCUUCCUAUGACAGAAGAAGAACUGGUCAAGCUGGCCACAGAAGUCCAGGGCUUCGGACCGCCUUCCCUGGAGGAUCAGCGCCGGCAACAGAGUUACUUCGUCCGCCUGGGGUCCCUCUCCAGCAAGGUCCGCCAACGGGCCUCCUUGCAUUCACUUAGCCGGCUUAAUCUCAUCAAGGAAAACACCCAGAACACCCUCUCCCAGCUCCAGCGGGUGAUCAAUCUGGUCGAGCACCUGAAAGAAGGGGUCGGCCAGCAGUUCCAAGAAGCUCAGCUAAAACUGCACCAGCUUGUGGCGGAAUGGACUGGGACGCAGCCGGGAGACGCCUCCGUCGGAGACACACCGCCAGAGACCCUUCCUGUUUCAUGCUUACUCCACUCUUCCCGCCCCUGCAACGCAACGCCCACCCACAAAGAGAAAGGGGAGGAGAGGUGCAGAGUGCAGAGUUGGUCCCGGGACGAUGCAGCUUCCGCCUCUCAGUUCCUGCCCUUUUGCAACCCAGCCUCCAACUUCUUGCAAACUUUUGCAAAGUUUGCAGGGCAAGGUCUCUUGGGCGGGCAAGCAGACACGGGAGGCAAGCUGAUUCUCUCCAAGCUCCCUUUUUUGAAGGGAUCACGGAAGAUCGACGCAAGCAUCCGCCCACCCCCCGGACCGAAGCAUUAA